AAUCGACCAUUAUAAGUAUUAGUUGGUUGUCUUUCUUUUUAGUUUCAAUAUUUGAUCUCUCUGAGACUUCUCAACAGUUCAACUCCUCCGAAGCUGCUCUUUAAUGGCGUCGCUCUCACGAGCUUCCUUAGCUUAUAAUUCUAACGCCACCUUGUUUCGCGGAAAGAGAGACGCCUUCGUAAGAUUAGAAAACUGUGUUGUAUUUCACAAUUCAUUUGAGUCGACACUUGUUUUGCAUAAUUUAUCGCACAAGCGAUGCUCUCGUCGAGUUGGUGUUCCUCGUGCCUCCAAGGAAGUUGUCGAAGGUCGACUUGUGGAGGAAAAGGGAAAGGAGAAAAGUAGGGUUCUCAGGGUUGGUCUAAUCUGUGGAGGUCCGUCUGCUGAGCGUGGCAUUUCACUGAAUUCGGUGAGAUCAGUUCUUGAUCACAUACAGGGAAAUGAUUUGCAUGUAAGCUGUUAUUACAUCGAUUGCAAUCUUAAUGCUUACGCUAUAUCCUCUGCCCAGGUAUACUCAAACACUCCUGCAGAUUUUGACUUCAAACUUGAAAGUCUUGCCCAAGGUUUCCAGUCUUUGUCUGACUUUGCAGAACACCUUGCUGCCUCUGUGGAUAUAGUAUUUCCAGUUAUACAUGGUCGUUUUGGUGAAGAUGGUGGCAUCCAGGAAUUACUGGAGAAAGUAAAUAUUCCAUUUGUUGGGACACCUUCGAAAGAAUGUCGUCAAGCUUUUGACAAGGUAAGCAAUUAAUG